AAAUAAUAACCGCCCCCUUCUUGUAUCGCCAGCUACACCCACCCUAAUGGCUGCAACUCUUCUCGCUCGGUUGACUGGGUCCUCUACCAAGUACGAGCCAUUGCCAAGAAUAUUUCACAUCUCAGGGACGUGUAGGUAGCAAAGUGGUAGUGCAGGGAGGACGGACAAAGGACUUCUCAGACAAGAGCAGGCAACAGUUGAGCUCCGUCGUAGAGAUCUUCGACCCCUACUCUGAGUUGUGGGAGCAAAGACAAGUCAAAGGAGACGCUCCGUCGCCUGGAACGUAUGCUGCAGCCAGUGCAUCACUCUGUGACGACCUUUUCUCGUUUGGGGGGUUUGAUGGCAGACAACGCUUCAACACUCUCCACAGACUGGACUCUAAGACGUGGUGCUGGAGUCAAGUGUCUCCUCAGAAUGCAGACGGAGCUCCUAUGCCCAAGAAUUCCUGUGCAAUGAUAGCAUUUAGGAACAGUUUGGUAGUGUUUGGUGGAUAUGGAGUACGCCGAGGACCUACAGAACCUCAUUCAUUUAUCCAGAGUACCACCACUCCUGGCGAAGGGUGGACGAAUGAGCUUCAUAUCUACAAUCUCUCAGAAGGUGUGUGGAGCUGUCCUGCCACCACUGGAGAGAGACCUCCUCCAUGUUCUGGCCCACACCUUCACUGCAGUAGAUGACAGGAGGGCAGUCGUGUUUGGAGGAUAAAUGGAGAGCAGGGCAAAAUGAAUGAUGUCUACAUCAUUGACCUCUCCACUAUGAAAUGGAGCAAACUCAACAAGUCAGGAGGUGGACCUUGGCCAGAGGAGAGGUCCUGUCAUGCAGCUUGUUGUCUCAACUAUGGCCAGCAGUUCCCUCAACUACUGGUGACUGGGGGAAUAGACAGACGGAACCAGCCACUAGAAGAUGUCUGGAUUCUUGAUAUAGACAGAGGGAAAUGGAGAAAGGAGAGGCCUACUCUGAAGGCUCGCUGGGCUCACUCUCUCACUGCCUUCAGUCUGGCUCCAGGACUGACAGAGGUUGUGGAGUUUGGAGGGACUUCUGAGCCGUGGACUGGAUCUGAUAAACACUCAACCUAAAAUAGCAGACACAACUCUGCUCCAGUUCAGACUAGUGGAAAGCUCUGGACAGUCUCAAUGGGAGCUACUCUCUGUAGUUGACAACACACAACGUGGAUCACAGGAGAGAAUGAUUGAGAAAUUCCGCUACACAGCAGAGAUCUGGCAGCGAUCCACAGGAGAGGGUGAGACGGCGAGAAUGGAGAGAAGACAACUGGAGAGGGAGAGGGACAGAGCCUUGGGGGAGAAGAGGGUAAUGGAGAGGGAGAGGGACAGAGAAAGGGAGGAGAAGAGGGUAAUGGAGAGGGAGAGGGACAGAGAAAGGGAGGAGAAGAGGGUAAUGGAGAGGGAGAGGGACAGAGAAAGGGAGGAGAAGAGGGUAAUGGAGAGGGAGAGGGAGAGGGUGAGGGUGGAGUUGCAGCGAUGUCAAGCAAGAGCCAACCAGCUGCAGGAGAGGCUGGAGGAGGUUGAGAGGAGGGAACACGAGAAGGUGGUGGUUCAAGAGCAAGCCAUUGCAGCCGAGCAGCGAGGUCCGUCAUGGGAAGUGAUGGAAGACGAGUUGGAAGAAACAGAGGAAGAGCUUGGCUGUGGGGGAUGGGCGAAAGUGAAAGUGGCUAAACUCAAAGUGGCAGCAAAAUGUCUGCACGGCCAGUUGAUCUACGACUACCACCGUCAACUGUUCAGACGAGAAAUGGACGUAGCAGCCAGAGUCAGCCACCCCAACUUGCUGCGUUUCCUCGGAGCCAGACUGGAGGGAGGCAUGGCCAUUCUGACAGAGUUCAUGCCGACUAGUCUCAGAGCUCUGGUCAACAGACGUCCACGACAACGUCUUCCUCUGGAACACGUCCUCUCCAUCGCAAUUGACGUGGCCCGUGCCCUCAACUACCUCCACAACAUGAGCCCCGACCCCAUCAUCCACAGGGACCUCAGCAGUGCCAACGUUCUCCUCCAGCCCUCUCCCGACGGAGGCUGGCUCGCCAAGGUCUCUGACUACGGCACCGCCAACUUCCAGAGUCAGCUUCAGACCGUGAAUCCCGGCAGUCCAGUGUACACUGCCCCCGAGUCCCACGACCCUGCUCUCCAGACACCCAAGAUGGACAUCUACAGUUUCGGCGUGCUCCUGGUGGAGAUGUAUACGUGUGAUUUCCCUGCUCCUGAACGUCGUGCUGAGCUGAUGGAGUCCAUCGACCACCCCAGACUCUUGAACCUCAUCCGACAGUGUCUGAACGUAGACAGAGAUCGACGUCCGACAGCUGCUCAACUGGUGGACCUCCUGCACGCCAUGCAGUGAAGACAGACACAUCUCUGUCACCAUACUCGCGAUAUCUAAAUACAUGCACGCCAUUUGACAAUACUUGUGUCCCCCUUUGCUGUUUUUUUACACAGCACAUUGUUUAA